AUGACAUCUGAAGGUGAAAUUUUCGAUGUAAUUGUAGUAGGAUGUGGUCCUAGUGGCAUAUCAGCUGCGAUUGAAUUGCAGAAAACUCCGUCAGUAAAAUUUACUGUACUUGAAGCAAGAGAUCGAAUUGGUGGUCGAGUUUUCACCGAUAUAACGACAUUUGGUCCAAAUGCACCGGUAGAUUUAGGUGCCCAAUGGAUCCAUCAUUACCGACCAGAAAAUUCCCUACAUAAAUAUCACCAAUUAUCCAAAGGCUUCAAAUCGGAUUACCAUUUUAUUUUACGCUCAUCAACAACGCCUAUUUUCGAUAUUGAUGGAACACGAAUAUCCGAAGAGAAAAUUAGUGAAGCGGAGAAGAUCUACGACCAACUGUAUAAGAGGAUUAUUGAAUCAGCACCUUUACUUUCAGUGGACAAGUCUGUACAUGAUGUUAUUAAAAGUGAAUAUGACCAGUUAACUACUGAUUCUCAAGUCAAACGAUUAGUUGAUUUAUCUUUUGGUUUUAUUGAACAAUAUGAAGCUGAAAAUCUUGAUCACCUCUCAGCUAAAUCGUUUUUAACAUCAGAUGAUGAGCUUGAAGAAUUCAAUUUAGCAUUGCCGAAUGGUUUCGGUACAUUUAUUCAACAAAUUGUUCGCGAUCAUCAAUUAUCCGUUCGACUGAAUUCGGUUGUUACUCGAAUAGAUGCAUCUUCUCCGGAUUCUCUUGUUCAAAUUCAUACAAAAGACAAUGGAAUAUUUCGUUGCAAAUAUGUUCUUGUGACUAUUCCGCUCGGGUGUUUAAAGCAUCGUUCAAUCGAAUUCGUACCGGAAUUACCUGAAUGGAAACAAAAUGCUAUUGAUACAAUGGGUUAUGGCAUAGCUGGUAAAAUCGUUCUUCAAUUUCCUUAUGUUUUUUGGGAUUUAUCAUACGAAACAAUCCUGUGUACAUCACCACGAUUUCGUUUUAUUCUAUGUCGACCUGAUGUUGGUAUUCUCCAUAUUAAAACUGCUGCUCGUGUUACAACCGAAAUCGGAAACAAGGCCGAUCAAGAAACUAUCGAUGAAGUUAUGACUUUAAUACGAAAGCUAUUUCCCGAUGCAAACGUUCCUGAACCAAGUCGAUAUUUAAUUACAAAGUGGGAGCAUGAUCCAUUUGCGAUGGGUGCUUAUUCGUAUUUUGCCGUCGGCGCAGACAAUCAAACUCUGAUGAGUUUAGCUCGAGAGUGUCAUGAACGAAUCUAUUGGGCAGGUGAACAUGCGAAUUAUAAUGGAACACUUGGUUGUGUUGAUAGCGCAUUUGAUAGUGGGCGACGUGAAGCGAAACGAAUCGUAGAUAAAUUGAAUCCAUAA